AUCAUUUACGUAUCUGGUGCAACUUCUAAUUAGUUACUGUCAGACAAAUUUUAACCUUCUCCUUGUCUUGAGUCUUGAAGUAAUUAUUAUACAAUCAACGUGAAAGUGAUAUAACCCUUACAACAUUAUUCAAUUCGAAGAAAUUUUACUUGAAAUUCAAAGUUUUACUAAGAAGCAGAAUUUUAUCAUUUAAAGCGAUGACAAAAGACCCAUCUUUUUUCCGUCUUUCCUUUAAAAUCUCGUAGUACAAUCUUCGUUUUAUAUAUAUAUCUUUAUUUUAAUACAUGAUUUAUUUCUUUCAAUUGUUAAUACAAUAUAUCCACGUGUUUAAUAGAUCAUGUGGAAUUCAAAAAUUAGUGAACGUGAUGAACCACACAUUAGAACUUAUGCCGAGAUAUUAAAACAAAAACAGGAUGAUGAAGGAUAUCAAACAACAAGUUCAAUACGACAAGAUCGUGUUGAAAAUGAUAUACUGAAAUUAUAUAAAUUAAGUAAUGAACCUGUUUUAGCAAGACAGAAACAUAUUCAGUUCUUAAAAAAAUCUUUGUUUCAUCUUACUGAAGCUUACCAGUGUUUAGAUUCUAGCAGACCAUGGCUCUGUUAUUGGAGUCUACAUUCUCUUCAAAUCCUAGGAGAACGUUUAGAAUAUGAUGAAUAUUCAAAAAUUAUUGGUUUUUUGGCCAAAUGUCAAUCACCAGAAGGAGGCUUUGGAGGAGGUCCAGGGCAGCAUCCUCAUUUAGCCUCUACAUAUGCAGCAAUAAAUGCUUUAUGUACUAUUGGUACUCCGCAAGCUUAUCAAGUAAUUGAUAGAAAAGGACUUAAACAAUUUUUAGCAUCUUUACAUGGAGAAGAUGGUUCUUUCAGUCUACAUAAAGAUGGAGAAACAGAUAUAAGAGGAAUAUAUUGUGCUCUUUCUGUAGCAAAACUGACAAAUGUAUAUACUCCUGAAAUAUUUAAGGGAAGUGAAAGUUGGAUAGCUAAAUGUCAAACAUGGGAAGGUGGUUUUGGUGGUUCUCCUGGUAUGGAAGCUCAUGGAGGAUAUGGAUUUUGUGGAGGUGGAUAGUAAACAAACAAAUGCGUUUGGAAGGUGGAUUCCAGGGGCGCACAGAGAAACUAGUAGAUGGCUGUUAUUCAUUUUGGCAAGGUGGAGCCUUUCCACUGAUUCAUACAAUUUUAAGUAUGGAGAACAAAGUGU